AUGUCCGGCUCCCGUGUCCUGAGAAGUAGAAAGCGAAAGCAAGAAAGAGAAACCACAUGCGGGAGCGAACACGUUCAAUCUUCAAAGCGCAUUCAAGGAGGUGUUCCUCACGAAUUCAGCUCAAACAAGUUACAAUCAAGCGCAUCUGGAUCUCCAGGCCAGAAUCUUACUGGCGAGAGCGCGCAAAGCCUGACCAAUGUCCAAGCUUCACAAGCCCGUGAACAUCAAAUUUUGUUGGAAAGCCUCGAGAGCCUGAAGCACAGCAACAGGCAGCUAGACCAGGAGAAAAGCGACCUCAUCAACAAGGUUUCCAGGCUCGAGGAGAAGUUCCAAAAGUCGAACUUCACUUUGAUGCACCGCCAAUUCCAGCUUAGCAAUGCGGAAGAUAAGGCCAAGUUAUUUCAAAAGACAGCUGAAGACCUCGAGGCUGGUCUAGAGAAGGCAAAGACUAAACAUGCAGAAGACAUUAGUGGACUAGAAGCCAGGGUCACGGAGCUUUCCGAAUCGUACAACAAGGCAUCAAUUGAGGUAACGAGGAGGAUUGAAGAAUUGAGCAACUUGCGGGCAGAAAGUAUGGAGAAAGACAAGGCACUGAAGAGAGUUCAGGAAACAUAUCAAGACACUGUCGACAAACUCGCCGUCAAGAAUCGCGAGGCAUCAAAAGCCGAGGCGGAAAUUGUUCGUCUUCGCCCCUUCGAGCUCGCCGUCACAGAACACAACAGGGCUUUGACGAGACUCGAACAAGGUCGUCAGGACUUUUUCCGACAGCAACAGGAACAAUUGAAUGCCCUCACAGCGGCGCGGAAUGAGACCAUUAGACAAAAAGGCGAUAACAUAGGACUGCGGAGAAAAAAUGACGCUUUGAAUCGGAAAGUACGAGCUCUGGAGACGGCAACGAAGAAAACCGAAGCGCGUGUUUCGCAGUUUUUGCUUUUCAUUAUGGACCAGAUUUGGCGUCAGAUAGAGGCCCAUCCGCAGGAGCCAGGGCAUAUCGUGAAGGUCAGUGCUGACCAUGCCACCUUGACGCAACUGGAGGACUGGUUGCAGAAGAAGCUUGACGACAUCGAGCAUGAGCUACAGUGGUACAAGAAUGAGCACACCACAAUGUGGAACGAAUCUGAGCGACUGGAGCAAUUGCGAAAUGAAAUGGUGAGCCAAGUCGUCAGAUUGAGCACAUACAAUACGUCUGAACUACGACAAUCCUGGGACCAAAGUAUGGUGGAACGCGAGAGACGCUCAUAG